GUAUCCGUUGAAGUUCAACCACCCGAGAGAGAGAGAGAGAGAAGGAGAGAGGAGAGAGAGAGAUGGCGAGGUUGUUCGGCCUUAUGAGGAAGGGGAGCUCCAUGCUCCAGAGAAGCUCUGCUUUCUCCGCAGGGCCAGCAAUGGAAGUCCAAGAAGUUGCUCCAAGUUUGAAGGAUUUUACUGGGACGAAGAUCAGGAGAGAUGCCACCCAGCUCAUAGGGCGGACGCCCAUACUCUACCUGAACAAAGUUUGCGAAGGAUGUGAAGCUCAGGUGGCUGCGAAGCUUGAGUUCAUGCAACCUUCUUUCAGUGUAAAAGACAGGCCGGCUUACGCGAUGCUGGAAGAUGCAGAGAGAAGAGGAUUAAUCACUCCAGGGAAGACCACAUUGAUUGAACCCACAUCUGGAAAUAUGGGGAUCGGACUGGCAUUUAUGUCAGCCAUGAAAGGUUAUAAUCUUAUACUCACAAUGCCAUCAUAUACAAGCAUUGAAAGAAGGGUAACAAUGAGAGCAUUCGGCGCAAAUUUAGUUCUCACUGAUCCUACUAAGGGAAUGGGAGGCACAGUAAAAAAGGCAUAUGAACUUGCAGAAUCUUACCCUGAUGCUUUUAUGCUCCAACAAUUUGAAAAUCCGGCAAAUGUUAAGAUACAUUUUGAGACCACUGGUCCUGAAAUCUGGGAGGACACGUUGGGCCAAGUGGAUAUCUUCGUGAUGGGAAUAGGAAGUGGAGGCACUGUCACUGGUGUUGGAAAAUAUCUUAAAUCUAUGAAUCCUAACGUAAAGAUAUAUGGAGUUGAGCCUUCAGAAAGCAAUGUUUUAAAUGGUGGAAAACCAGGUCCUCAUCAGAUCACUGGAAAUGGGGUUGGCUUUAAGCCAGAUAUUUUGGAUAUGGAUGUAAUGGAAAAGGUUCUUGAGGUUAGCAGUGAUGAUUCUGUGAAGAUGGCAAGGGAGUUGGCACUUAAGGAGGGCCUUCUGGUUGGAAUUUCCUCUGGAGCCAACACAGUUGCAGCUCUUAGGCUUGCAAGAAUGCCAGAGAACAAGGGAAAACUUAUAGUGACUGUUCAUCCAAGCUUGGGAGAGAGGUAUCUGUCAUCAGUUUUAUUUGAAGAUCUAAAGAAAGAGGCAGAGCUAAUGCAACCAGUUCCUGUUGAUUAAGCUUAAAAACGCUUCUCUCAUGCCAAUAAAAUGAUUAUAAUGGUAUAUUGGGCUUUCAUUCUUCAAUGAUUAGUUUUGUAAGAGGAGUUGAAGGCAAUUUGCUUCAAGAAAGUUGAGUGGAGUGAUUGAUUUCUUCUCUUUAUGUUCUAGAUAUGCUAAAAAACACCUUCAGGAAAAUCUUCCUUCCAGAUCCACCAUUUUUUUUUAUUAACUCAAUUAGCCGCUUUUA